AUGCAUACCCGCAUCCGCCCGCAUAGCUACGUCGUGCUGCGCCUGCCCUCGGGCCUGCUCAAGGUCCUCGAAGUCGUCCCCAACACCACCGUUUCCAUUGGCAAGUUCGGCUCCUUUCCUGCAAACCACCUGCUCGGCCGGCCCUUCAACGUAACGUACGAGAUUCUUGACCGGGAAGAUGGCAAGGAUGAGACCGAACUGCGCAUCGUGCCUGCUUCCGAGCUGCAUGAGCAUGUAAUACAGUCCGAGGAUGCUCCCCCCACCGAAGGCACUCCCGAUGUGACCCCAGACGGCGAUGCGGCCGAACCCGCCAGCGCCGAGUUCGACAUUGUGGGCGAGAACGGCGAGGUCCUGAUGCGCAGCAAUCGCCUGACCGUCGACGAUCCCUCUCGCCAGACCCUGUCCAUGGAGGAAAUCGAGGAGCUCAAGAAGGCUGGCACUGGCUCGGGCAAGGAGAUUAUCGCAAAGAUCAUGGCGGCGCACAAGGCCCUUGAUGAGAAGACUGCCUUUUCGCUGGCCAAAUAUACCCUGCGAAAGACGAGGAAGUAUCUCAGGCGCUUCACCGUCCUGCCCAUGGACGUCUCAAUGCUUGGCGAAGUCAUGAUCGAACGCGAGGGCCACCGCGUCAUGGACUUGCGGGAGGAAUCGCAAGGCUUGAUCGGCGCCUGGGCAAAUAUCCAUUACGGCGGAGCCUGCGAGCUGCAACCGAGCGACACGCAGGAGGGCGCCUUCGUUGGAGGAGGCCGCUGGCUGGUCGUGGACGACACCGGAGGUCUGGUCGUGGCAUCUCUUGCUGAGAAGAUGGGCAUUCUGCAUCCGCCGGAAGAGGACGAGUUCGACGACAGCUCGGAAGAGGACGACGUUCAGCCCGAAGAUCAAGAGAUGGCUGAUGCACCGGCUGCCGAGAACCAGCAGGAGGACCAGCCAGCGGACGAAGCGGCUGAUGGCACUGCACAAAAACCGAGAUCGUUCCCUGCGCGCUUGAAUGCAAAAGCCGUCCCAGCCCAGUCCGCAUCAGUCAACACCCUUACUCUUCUCCAUGCUCACGCCCAACCGAACGUCGCCCUCCUCAAAUACUUUGGAUACGACGCCGCAUCAGCAACACCAGCCACCACACAUCCUCUCUACUCACACCUGAAGACGCUCUCCUGGCUCCAGCUCAUCGCCCCGGAAGAUGAUGUCGCCUACGCAGAACCUGACUCGGCCACGCCAGAGACUCUGGCGACAUGGAAAUCAGGCAAGCGCGGCACAUACUGGCGCAAGCGGCGCCGGUGGGAGCGCACCAAGCGCGUCGUCGACGAAACCCGCGCCGGCGGCUUCGACGGUCUGAUCGUCUCCUCAUUCAUGGCACCCGCCACCAUCCUCAAGCACACCCUCCCCCUCCUGCGCGGCGGCGCCCAGGUCGUCGUCUACAGCCCGACCAUCGAGCCGCUCACGGAGCUCAUGGACCUGUACUCCCGCGAGCGCAAGACGGCAUACAUCAACCGCACAAUCAACCCCAAGACCAACGCCAAGCCUUUCGACCCGGACACGGCGACGGAGGAGGAGCGCAGGGAGUUUGAAGACGAUUUCCCGCUCAACCCCACGCUCUUGCUCGCCCCCGUGCUGCAGACGUCGAGAGUGCGCGCCUGGCAGGUCUUGCCGGGCCGCACGCAUCCCAUGAUGACGAGCAGAGGUGGGCCGGAAGGCUACGUCUUCUCUGCGACCAGGGUCAUGCCGGCAGGAGGCAAGGUGGAGGCGCGAGGGAAGUUCACCAAGAAGAAGAGGGUGGCUGUGGAAGAGAAGGCGGAGAGUACGGCCGAGGAGGGGCAUGAGGCUAAGAAGGCCAAGGUCGGAGGGGAAGACCAGCAGGUAGCAGAAGCUGCGGAUACGGCAUAG